GAACGAUUUGUCAACAACACACAGGCAUCCAAUCCGUCCGUCCACACGCAAUGCAAUGCACACGCCGUUAGUCAGUCGGUCACAAAUCCUGUGUUACCACGUGCUGAAAUACCUCCACAUCCUCCGCCAUCACCCACCCCUUGACGCCCCUCUCCUCACCCCAGGCCACCUCAAACCGCACAGCCCGCACGUCGCCACCUUGACCCACCUCCAAGGCAUCACCCACACGCAGCGGCCCCCCAGCACCACACACCGCAAUGGGGUAUGUCGCCGUGUCGAGGGUCGUCACAUCCAUCGCCGGCUGGAUGUGGCUGAAUGUCACCAUGACGGCGGAUUGGCCGCCUGAGUGUGUGUCUGUGUCUGUUUGCGUGGGGGUCGGGUGGAUGAGGGCGGCGAGGUGGUAGAGGUCGGUCUCGAGUGUGAGGAGCAGCACCAGCGGCUGUGUGAGGGCAGACGGGGCGAAGUGGCCUGCAUAGGGAAGGGGAAGGGACGCCAAGAGACACACAGAACAGGAAACCGGUCUCGCGCCCCACACCACACAACGCCACCGGGCCCGCCAGCCAUGUUUGAGAAGGCGAAGUUGUCAUUGGAACCCCUGAUGAGAUGAGGGGCAGAAAACACGAGAGGCAUGGCAUCCAUACACACAUGAAAUACGCCCACACAUUGACUACCCUUCCGUCCUCCCACUCAUUCACUUGUAUAGCGUCUUCAGCGUGCCUUUGACGCCCAUCUGCCCCUCCACCCACUGCGUCAGUAUGCCCUUGACACCCACCACGCCCAUACUCGGAGGCUGCUGCUCUGCCCCACCACAUGAGCCGUCAACCAUCGAAGCGACCGAAGUCAGCCAUCUGCAAUCAAAACAAACAGAGAAACAAUCACCCGUCUCCAUCUUAUCUGAGAGGACGUACGCACCCGGACUGGCUGGGAAACGAUGCAGUCGGUGUACAUUGCUGAUGUGUUGGGAUGCCGAGACCCCUUCCCAGACCACUCCCCCUGCCGAGCAAAGGCCGACCGAUGUGGACGUCACCUGCAGACGAUGAUUUGGCUGCCGGUGGUGGGGUGGGAGGGGGCGGAGGGGGCGGUGGAGGGGGAGGGGGAGGAAGGGGUGGAGGGGCCGGCCGGUCAAUAACGUCAGAAGAAUGCACAGACGACACGACGGAACUGGCGUGGCAUGACGCUGAGGGCGAGGGGGCCCUCGCGGGCUCCUGCUGAUGCUGUUGCUGCUGGUGGUGAUGGUUGUGUGUGUUGGGUGGUGUGAUGUCGAUGAUGAGCUGCAGGAGCGCGCGGAUGGCACUGCUCUCCGCCUGCUGGCAAUGCUGCUGCUCACGGAUGUCACUCAAAACCUGACAGAGAGACACGCUCACAGAGAGAGAGACAGAGAGAGAAUUCAUGUGUUCCGCACCUUAUCGAUCUCGUUUUGUUUGUCUUGGAGGGCGGCCAGACGGGCCACCAGGUCUGUCACACGGCUAUCGAUACACGAGUAGGCCUGCAGGCACAAUGUCCGUCAUGCAACGAAAGGUGCAAGAGAGAAUGGUCGGCCAUGUGGUGCUGUACGUGCAGGUAGGUACCUCUGUGUCUGCUGUGUAUGUGGGUGGGGUGGUUUCGUCGCUUCUUUGCACGCGGGCCAGCUGCUGCUCCAGCUCCUCAACACGACUUCUCAGUGCUGCCACUUCCUGCACAAAACGGCCAUGGUCCAUCCAUCCAUUCAUUCCAUCCGCCCCAGGGCCUGCCCCGUUGUGUGGCCGACCUGUUUGUGUGUGUGGAUGUUGUUGUACUGCAUGUUGGUCAGGGUGGCCUCGAAGACAUCCAUGCGAUUCGACAGGUGAUGCGCAUGCAACAUCGCCUGCAGUGCGGCACAGCACAGGCAACCACCACAGCUAGGUGGACGCAUCCUCAAUUCACUGCAGGCUCACUCACAGCGUCAGGAUGACGGCCAGGCGGCGGCCUGGGCGGCUUGGAUCUGAGCAGCUCCACCACCUCGUCAGCAACCUUCUCUGCCGUCAU